CUGUCUUCUAGGCUAACUGACGAACAACGACAUGUCAUUCCAUAACAUAAGCGUGUGUCUUUGUAAUUAACAGACAGAACCUCUCUAGACUAGAGAGCGGAGAGCAGAGGGUGGAUACUUGUCAAAAGAAAAACAUAAAACUUGCAUCAAGAUGAGUACCAUGAAAUUUUGCCGCGAAUGCAACAACAUUCUGUACCCUAGAGAAGACAGAGAUCAGAAGAUCCUUCUUUACGCUUGCCGCAACUGUGAUCACCAGGAGAUUGCUGAUGAUAACUGUGUGUACCGAAAUGAGGUGCAUCACUCAGUAGCAGAGAGAACUCAGGUAUUGCAAGAUGUAGCUGCUGACCCUACUCUCCCUCGCACUAAAGCUGUUACUUGCACUGUAUGCAAACAUCCUGAAGCUGUCUUCUUCCAGGCAACUUCUAGGGGAGAGGAGGGUAUGACGCUGUUUUUCGUGUGCUGCAACCCAAAUUGUGGCCACAGGUGGAGAGAUUGAGAUUCAUCUGCCCACCAAGCAAAGCUCUAAAUAUGAUGCAUUUAGAAAUGUUGCCUUCAAGACGGAUCUAGUUGAUACCCCAUGUACGGUUUCUGAUCUGCCAAUUUUGCGGAUGGAGACUUUUGCAAUCAUUUUAUAUAUUUCUGUACGAGUACUAGUUAAUUCUCAAGAAUUUUUUAUCCUUGAUAAACCAAA